AUGGAUCAAUUUAUUUUCGAAGAUGGAAACGGCAAUCUCUGCAAUGAGCAGGGUGAAUCAGUUGCUGUCAUCUCCACGGAGAUAGACAAUGAACAAUACCCUUUGGCUAACAUAACCAACUUUGGUGAGUAUACGUACCUGAAGCCACCAGAAAAGCCAAGCAAGACGAGUGAGACAGAUAGUGUAGAAGAAGAUGAUGAUGAAAAAGUAGAUUCAAGAGAAAUUAAAAGAAAAAGGUAUCGUUCAUACAAACCUGAAGAUAAAGACAAGUUUUUCUUUUACGUUUACGAGAAACAACUGAGCAUCCGCGCAGCAUGUAAAAUGGUAAAUAUCCCUCCCAGUACUGGUCAAAACUGGUACAAGAAAGGUGUGGAGAGUUUGGCAAAAGACGAGAACCUACCACACAAAAAAGAGAGCAGCAAGGUUGGAAGGCCAGCAAAACUUCGAGAAGAGCACAGAAUGGCUUUGAUCAGCAUAGUAGAUGAAAAACCAGACUCAGUUUUGGAAGAAAUGAUGGAACAACUGAAUGCUCAGUUUGUUGGCCUUGAUAUUCACCAAUCUGCCUUGCACACAUUUCUUUAUGAAAAGUGUCAUUUUUCUCUUAAAAGGGCUCAUUUCCACUCUGUAGAGCGAAAUAGUCCCGAGAAGAUUGAAGAAAGAUACAAUUGGGUCAAGCAGUGGCAAGAAACUGACAUGGAUUUUACAAGCAAUUGCGUAUUUAUUGAUGAGGCUGCAUUUCAUAUCAACAUGAAGCGCAACUAUGCAUGGUCAGGUAAAGGAAAGCGAACUGUUGUAAAUGUUCCCAAAACUCGAGUAAAAACCACGACAAUCAUUGGGGCCAUAUCUUCCUUUGGCAUUGUUAACGUAAAGGUGAAGCUUCCAAAAGUUACGGCACCCUCGAAAAAAAGAAAAGCUACAUGUGGCCCUGUUCAAGCAGAUAAGGGAGAAACCGUUACUGGGCAUUAUUUCAAUUUUGUCGCCAGCACUUUGGAUGUGAUGGAUAAGUACGAACAGUUCAAGGAUCACUAUUUGAUUAUGGACAAUGCCACUAUCCACAAAAACAAAGACAUACAACUGUACAUUGAAGGCAGAGGGUAUAGAUGCGUUUAUCUCCCACCUUACUCUCCGGAACUUAAUCCAAUCGAGCAGUUUUGGUCCAUAGUGAAAAGCAAGCUUAAGAGAGUCGCACUUUUGGAAGAAGAAACGCUAUCCACUAGAAUUUCUGACUCUUGUAACAAGGUUAUGAUCAGCGACUUACAAGGAUUUUGCAGAUACUCUGCUGCCAGAUGGGCUGACUGUUUAGAGAGAAAAAGUAUAUAA